GCAACCGACUGGUGCUGCUGAACUUCGUCGGGAAUGUCGCGCUGCUCCCCAGGGCGAACUCGUUCCACGUCGUGAAUGCUUUUGGAGUCGAUUUCUGGAUGUCGCCGCCCGUGUCCAAGAAGGAUUCUCUGAACGGGGGGUCGUGCGUCUUCCCAGGGUGGUUUGUGCCGACAAUUGACAACGAUGAGAAUCCCGUGCCGACCUGCGAGCUCAGGCACCGCGAGAUCGACGUGGACUUCAAGCCGCCGACGGGGGGCCCUGUGCAGAACUACAAGUUGAAGUUGUACUACUUGUACUUCCCCGCGGGCUUUGCGCAGAAGCAUGGCACCUGCGCCAGCGACGGGGACGAGGCCGAUGCGCUCGUCAAGCUCGUUGCACCGAGGCUGGUUGCACCCGCCCCCGAUCGGCCCGAUGGCGCCGUGGUCAGCCGGGGCGCCGCCGCGGUCGAGCUCGAUUGGUUUGAGGCUGCCCAGCAGGCGGCGUCGGCAGCCGCCCAUUUCUCCAACCAGCGCAAGAGGCCAGCUGCGCAGCGCGGCGACGAGGACGAGAAGAAGGGGCUGAAGCAGUGGAAGAAGAAU